AUGCCAGACAUCCCACAGAUUUUAGCUGAAAACGAGGAAGCCUUUUCAAAAGUUGUUUGGCUUACAUUCAAUGCUUCAGACAACUUUCACAAAGAGGUUGCAGCAAAUACAUUAUUUUGUUGCUCUAAUCAGCCCAAGGUUGCUGGAAAGAUCAUUGAAAAUCAAUGUCAUCAUUUUGUCCUUAAAAAGGCCCAAUGGAUUACAUUUGUCACACCUGGUGUUGCGUGAGUAUAGCAUGAUAAUACACCCUUCCGGAAGGCACACAGCCUUAGCCAUAGAGCCGCACUUUCAUUAUUGAGGUAUUAGUGUAUAACUAAAGUUUCUAUCUAUCUAUAGAUCUAUAUAAGACCUUUAUAUAAUUAGAUCAUCUGUAGCAAGACAAAGCGUUCUAAAGCCGAUUACUCAAUUCCAAAAACGAGGUUCUAUAGUCAAGGCUAGGUACUUUCUGGAAGGGUCUAUUCCAGUGAGUUCUAUUUAAAGCUGGAGUUAGAACUUCAGUCAUUCAGCCUGUGAGGAAAGUGAAGACAAGAAGUAUUGUCAUAGGAGGUCCAAUACAUAGUUGUAAUGGGCACAAAUAAUACUAAAAUUCUUUAAAAUUCACCAAAAAAUUCAUUGUGUUAGCGUGAAAAUAUUUGCUGCCGAGCGUAGGGAGGUAGCACACUAUUUUUGACGCUUAUGUUUACUAUGGCAUAUAUAUGCCUAUGCAUUAGUGCCAGUCCCUUUGCCCAAGCUAUAUAAAGCCAACAGGAAUCUCGAUUUGCAACUCGUCUAGCAACUGUUUUUGUAGUCAUAGGUGUUUAUUUAAACCAUGCGAGGCUCAAUCUUGAAUGCAGACUUGCAGUGGCGUAGUAUCGUAUAAAUGUUAUUGCCUAUUAGGAAGGAAGGAAACUCUUUUGCCGAUAUCCACAUACAUGCUCACUUCACAAUCGAAAUUUUAUGUGAAAACAACAUGAAUUAUUGUGCUCAUGCAUGUCUGGUGUUGCUUAGGGAAAACAUUAGCAGCUAAAGUACAAAAAUUACAAAACAGAGCGUUUAGAAUAAUCACACGUGAGAAUUACACGACACGAUCGGCUGAUAUAUUAAACAAGCUACAAUCCUGGCAAAAACUAAUGAAACAUCCAGUUUAAUUAACAAUUUAAUGUAUUCUUCCCCCCUUCCCCCCUUCCAAUGUUGAUUAAGAUGAGCAAGAAACCUACACAUAGUGCUCUCUGCCAUCGAUGGACUAUUGUACACCAUUUUUUAGAAUAUAUGUCCAACAUUGUGCAGGGGGGAGGGGAUUUUGUUUGUUUUAUUGAUUUUUUAUAGGUGUUUCAUUAACUUUUUGCCAAGAUUGUAGGAGUUUCCGAACCUCGAAAAAAAAAGAAUGCAACAACUUUCAAUUUCCAUGUACAAGGUGAAAAACAGAUUGGUCCCCGAUUACUUGUGCGAUAUGUUCACAAAUGUGGGUGAUGUACACGACCAUAACACAAGACAGUCGUGAGCCGAUUUGACAUUGCCUAAACCAAAAACAAAUGGUAUGAAAAAUGCAUUCAGUAUCCUAUAGAGGUGCGGAAGGCUGGAAUAAAGGAAUACCGAAUGGUUUUCCGUGCAGGAUUGUGUGAUCCAUGCACGAGGGAUGUCGCGAGACUUUCGGAAAGCGUAAAAAUACUCGAGCCGCAGGCGAGUGUAUUUUUACGCUUUCCGAAAAUCGAGCAACAUCCCAAGUGCAUGGAUCACGCUAUCCUGCUUGGAAAACCAUUUGGUAAUUGUUUUAUAAAAUAACUACAGUGAAACAAUGACAUUUUGAGAAUCCCGCGAAAAUCCCGCGAAGGCAUUUUAAUUCCUCGUGCAGGAUAGCCUGAUCCUGCAGACCUGCACGGCUAUUGACCAAUCAAAUUGCGUGUUUCACUGUAGUUAUUAUAUAACUGCCUUUCUGCAUCGCUAAAAGCAUCACAACUAGUGCUAAUUUCAAGUUUAACUUGAACCAUGCAAAUUAAGAUCAAGUAAUCCUGCCUUUGUUUCUAUCUAUUUAAAAUAAUAAUCUUGUAAAUAAUAUAUUUCUUAUUUCUACUUGUGUGAGCACGACCGGUUGGAAGAUCACCUUUUUUCUUUUUAUAUAUAUAUUGUGUACAUAAUUAUUUUAUUAGGUGAAAUUGUACUGUGUUAAAAUAUUGUUAAUUGAAAAUUAUUUGCAAAAUGUUUGCUACUUUGCUGAGAAAUUUUGUGGGAGGAUGAUAGAUGCAAUUUAUGGUUUCUUACGCAAGAUUGAGCCUCGCAUGGUUUAAAUAAACACCUAUAUUCAGCUAUGGCUACAAAAACAGUUGCUCGAAUAUUUUCACGGUAACACAAUGAAUUUUUAGUGACUUUUAAUAAAGCAUUUUAGUAUCUUUUGUGCCCAUUACAACUGUCUAUUGGGCCUCCUAUGGACUAUGGAUUCCUAACUGAGUCACUAAUACUAAUAAUAGGACACAUGAUUUGUGGCCUAUUUCUGCGGGGCAAGGGGCCGUGUAUACAGUAUCCGUUUCGGGCCUGCAAACAUUCUCAAUCAACAGGCUGCUUUCCCCAGAAUUUCUCUUCACAAUAAAUUAAACCAUCCAUUUUAGAUACUUUCUCAGUCUAUUCUUGGCCAACAUUCAAACUUUGCCCGAAGAAAACCUGCUUCCUUACGACGAAAUACAACAAAUCAACCAAGUCUUGGAGGCUUUCCUGCACGUAGUCACUCCUUCCGAAAUUGGCCGUUUUGAAGUAGAAAAUGAGGCUGUGUGGAUAAGCUUAAUUCCAUUUCUCCGGCUAGCUUUGGCAGGACCGAAUGGACCUGUGGGGACUGAGAAUGAGCGACUUCAAACUCGUCCUCAGGUCUCUGUGGAUCCACGCUCGGAAAUCGGAACCCAACCGGGUGAACUGGGUGAAAAAAGUUGCGAUGCGGAAAUUUCCAACAACCGUGGAAUCAGUCCGUAUAAUUUUUCUCCUGUGGAAAAAAUUGGUUUGUUCUGCCUUUGUCAUUUGGCAAAUGUCCCGGAAAACAGAGAGCUGUUUAAAAAGGAAAAACUUGAAGAUUAUUUAAUUUGUGUUUGUUGGUUUGCACAACGCUGUCCCGAAGUCGUUGAUUUAACACCAAAACUUGAUGGAUUCGAGCGCUUAGAGCCACCACGCUUAGAAUCAAUAGCAAAAGCAUAUCUUUCAAAAUGUUUCGGUGAAAAAAUAAUGUAG